AUGGCAUAUUUGCUGGUAUUUUCCAUCUGUUUGGCACUACUGCUGGCAUCGAUAUCGCUCUAUCGAUACGGCUGUAUACAGCGGCAGCAUCCAAUCGUGACCUUUUCCGUACUCACGGCGUGGAGUUUUUCGUUUCUCAUUGUGUUUACAAUACCGCUGGAUGUUACCUCGACCGUGUAUCGUCAAUGCCUGCAGGAGCACAAUAUCACCAACAACAACGGCUCGAACAAUGAUGGUCCGGACGCCAUCUGCCAGCGUCCAUGGGGCAUGGUGGAGGAGGAAGUGUUCCCCAACCUGUGGCGCAUUAUCUACUGGUCCUCCCAGUUCCUCACCUGGUUAAUUAUGCCCCUGAUGCAGUCUUACCUGAAGGCGGGUGACUUUACUAUCAAGGGCAAAUUACGAUCGGCACUCGUAGAUAACGCCAUCUACUACGGCACGUAUCUGUUUAUCUGUGGCAUACUGUUGAUUUAUCUCGCCCUGCAGCCAGGCAUUUCACUCGACUGGCAAAAGCUGAAAGCCAUCGCAUCGUCCGCUUCCAACACGUGGGGCCUGUUUUUGCUUGUACUGUUGCUAGGUUACGCCCUCGUUGAAGUACCACGCAGUCUGUGGAACAACUCGAAACCUGGCUUUACGCUGCAGUAUGCAUACUUUAAGCUAUCCAAGCUUAGCUCGGAAAAGGCGGAAGCCGAAGAGAAUGUGGAUGAUGUGCUGGAAAGUUUACAGUCCGCCAGUCGUGCGAUUCCACCCCGGCAUGAGCUACGCCCAGCACUGGAAACCAUUAUCCGGAAGGUGCCUACGGAACUGAUGGAACGCGCAAGUCGCAUAAGCCGGGAAGAUGGUUCUCCGAUGGCUGUACCGUCGGAAAAGGCACUGGUACGGCUACACCGGCAGGUAAUCAAAUCGCUCCAAACGUUACAGCGAACCGAAGCACUAUGGAGCGUCCAAGUUAACAAAGUUCUGCAUCUGGAGGAUGUCGCGAAAAAUGCGGUUUCGCUCGAUCAUCGCUUCAAGAGCGAAUUUCCCAAACAUCGGAUAGGAAUGGCAAGGGCCCUGUACAACCCAACGCUUGACUGGUACUGGGAGUGUGUCGUAAAGGCUCCGUUCCUGAAAGCGCUGGCCGUCAUUACCGCCUUCCUGUCCUUUAUGGUCGUGUGGAGCGAGCUAACGUUCUUUAACCGUAAGCCCGUCCUUUCAAUUUUUGCCAACGUGCUAAACGUGGCCAAAGGUAGCUACGAUUUCGUUACGAUCGAAAUCUUCUCCAUGCUGACGCUCUGCUACCUUUGCUACUGUGCGUACUCGACCGUGUUUCGCAUCAAGUUCCUGAAUCUCUACUAUCUGGCAGCGCACCAUCAAACGAACGAGUACAGUCUCAUUUUUAGUGGCAUGCUGCUGUGUCGGCUAACGCCACCAAUGUGUCUCAACUUUCUCGGUAUGAUACAUAUGGACUCGCACAUCAUCAAGGAGCGUGUGCUCGAGACGCACUACACCCAAAUUAUGGGCCACAUGGAUGUGUUGGGUAUCAUUUCCGAUGGGUUCAACAUCUAUUUCCCAAUGGUAAUGUUGGCGUUCUGUUUAGCAACCUGGUUCUCGCUCGGUAGUCGUGCACUAAACGCACUCGGUUUUCAGCAAUUUAUGCUAAACGAAACGAUCGCAGUCGAACUCGUCCAGGAAGGUAAAGAUUUGAUUGUGCGAGAGAAACGUAAGCGGCAGCGGGCGGAAGAUGCAAUGGCUCGAAGGCGUGAUAAUAUUUUAAGUCAAAUUGCACGCGAUGGAACGAUCGGCAGUGGGGGAAAUGGAGGCGGUUCGAACGGAAACGGAACUGGUGGAGGAGGAGCAGGAGCAGGAGGUGGCGUUAGUAGUGGUGGUGGGAUACUGUCCAAGUACAAAUCCCGCCAUCUGGACACCGUUGGACCGAACGACGAUCUGAUCGGAAAUGGUGACGGUCGACUGGACUAUAGCAGUACGGGCAGUGGUGCUCGUGGCCUGGACGAUAUUAACCGUUCACUGUCCCAAGAAAUCAAUGAACGGUUCGGUGUGAGCACGGGAGUUACGGUCGGAUUCAAGGGCUACGGUACCACGUUCGAGGAGGAUGAUAAUCGUAUGGGAAGCGCCGGUGGACGUUCCACCAUCAAGCCGAAAGGACUGUUUGAUGAUCCUCGGAUAAAGAUGAAAUUCAACAAAAAUGUUUCGUCGUCCCGGCGCAAGAGCCGCAAGCGCCACUUCCAGGCCCCGUCGCACAUCCGCCGUACGAUUAUGUCGGCACCACUGUCGAAGGAGCUGAAACAAAAGUACAACGUACGUUCCAUGCCGAUUCGCAAGGAUGAUGAGGUACAGGUAGUGCGGGGCCACUACAAGGGCAACCAGGUCGGCAAGGUGGUGCAGGUGUACCGCAAGAAGUACGUCGUGUACAUUGAGCGUAUCCAGCGCGAGAAGGCAAACGGCACGAACGUGUACGUCGGUGUGCACCCGUCCAAGUGUGUUAUCGUGAAGCUGAAGAUGGACAAGGAUCGCAAGAAGAUCCUGGACCGUCGUGCGAAGGGCCGUCUGGCGGCGCUGAGCAAGGACAAGGGCAAGUACACCGAGGAAACGGCUGGCGCCACCGCGAUGGAAACGACAUCGUAAAAAGGUUUUGCAACAAAACAC